AUGAAAACUACAAUUGUUUUAGUAUUUUGCUUUGUAGCUGCUGCUUUUGCGGACAUAUACGACACAAAGUAUGAUAACAUUAAUUUGGACGAUAUUUUGAAAAACGAGAAACUUUUGGAUGUUUACUUUAAGUGUUUGUUGGAAAAAGGGCCUUGCAAUACUAAGGAAGCUAAAUAUUUAAGAGAUGUGCUGCCAGAAGCUAUUAUGAAUGAUUGUGCAAAAUGUAACGCAACACAAAAGGAAGGUUCCAGAAAAGUAAUCGAAUUCUUAUAUAGAAACAAGCCAGCCUUUUGGAAGAAACUUUCAGGCAAAUACGAUCCAGAAGGUUUUUACCAGGAAAUGCACCAGGCAGAUUUUGAUAAAUGGAACAAUUAA